UGGAUUAAAGUGGUUCUGGUUAAAAUUGGAGGUAUGGACAGUGGUCCGACAUUCGAUCGCAAGUUAACAGCGGUAUCAGAUCUCCUUUACCCUUUUCACUGGAAAUAAGGAAACUAGAAACACAGACAAUAUGCCAGUUGACCUGAAUGGGUAUUGGAAAAUGAUCUCCAAUGACAACUUUGAGGAGUACAUGAAAGCCCUCGAUGUAAAUGUUGCCAUUAGGAAAAUUGCCAACUUGUUGAAGACUGACAAAGACAUCAGUGUUGAUGGUGAUCACAUGGUCAUCAAGACCCUCAGUACCUUUAAGAACUACAACAUGGAUUUCCAUGUUGGCAAGGAGUUUGAGGAGGAUCUGUCAGGGGUCGAUGACAGAAAAUGCAUGACAACUAUCUCAUGGGAGGGGGACAAGCUGGUGUGUGUUCAGAAGGGAGAGAAGGAGGGCCGAGGCUGGACCCAUUGGGUGGAGGGAGAUAAGCUUUAUUUGGAGCUGAGAGUUUGUGGAGUUGUGUGCAAGCAGGCUUUCCAGAAAACCUAAACCAGCACUGGAACAACAGAACGGCA